AUGGAGGAAGCCCUGGGUUUUACUGGGUUUUCCAAAUCGAUCCCCGUCGAACAGUUCAAUGACCCCGCUUUCAUGAAUGCCAGCCCUGACGAUGAGCUGCCAAGUUUUGGGGGACAUGGAACUCUAGAGAUUCUGGGAGUUAUACAGUUAUUAAAUGGAGCUGGCAUCACAUGUUGUCUGGUUGGUAUAUCCGCUCUGAUCUACUACGGCGCCGGGAGGGUACGAAAUGACUGGGAGGUGUGCGUGCCCACCGAAAAGCUUGGAGAAGCGUCUGCACUUCUGGAUUCAGCUGGCACUUACGAAAACUAUCCGCCUCGCCCUCCCGACCUCUGGUCACUACUCCACACAUUUCCUCGAUUCAAAGUCGUAGGCAAAGCUCUGUGCUUUACCUUGAUUCCCUCGGAUGACGCGCACAUUGAUUGCAUACCGCCCAACAUUGAGCGCAGCCAAAUGGGCCUCCCGUACCCAACUUUGAAUGUAUUCGCACAGAGUCUUCUCGACACUAACGACAUGGUUGCGCUCACAGACCUUAUCGACGGCAUGGAUUUAACUGAGGAAUGGGGCUUAAAGCAUCUGAAACUCGAUACCGAAAAUGAUUUAGCAUGGACACAGCGGAAGAAUGAAAAGAUCCGAGCCUCGGUUCCAGCUUCCCCGGACUCGUGUCUAUUGGAAUGCCCAAUCAAUAUCAUCAACCUAAAAGAGACCUGGAAUUCCAUUGUCCAAACCAAAGAGCGCCGGAUUGGAGCGGAAUUAGCAGGAGGGUAUUAUGCCACGCGGUUCCGUGGUCGAAGGGAUGGAGAUCCGCGGUUAAGAGGGAGGUAUAACGUAUAAGGCGCGGGUAGGGCCAUCUUUUGAAGAGCCAGGAUGUCAUUGCCGAAUUUUUUUGCAACAUACCAAUGCCACUACGAGGCCUGGCUUGUGUUGGGCUCAAUGUCUCUGUUGAGUCACAUGAGGGUCGAUAUUUGGACCUGGGAUCUUCUGAAUUCAUUCAGUUGCGCGUGGAACAUUUUGUUACGUCAAGUGAGUGCAGCUCUCACAAUUACAUACAUUUUUUUAUCUGGUUAUCAUUUUAGAUAUAACAAGUGUCUUGAGGACAACCAUAUUAUUUACGGUCC